AUGCCUGAUGUAAUUACCAAAAGUAUCUACAAUUGUGAAAAGUCUGUGUUGCAUGAAACUGCCAGAAUGAAUAUCCCGCGAAAAAGUCUUGCAGUCGCGGGGGAAACAUUUCGCUUCACCCACCCUUGUCACCCAAUCGAGCAACAACCAAUUGCUGCCGCCCGGUUGAACUUCGUCGAUGCUCAAGGCUUUCGAAAUGGCACAGACGUUAAAAAGAUAAUAUUACAACCAAAAGAAUGUUUUUACUUUGAAAAUCUCUUUCUCCUAUUUUCCGUCUUCCUUCUUUUCUUCUUUCCUCUAUUUCUUCUCAUUCUCUUUCUUUCUCUCUUCUCGUUGAUAUUACCACGAGCACCCUCUCUCUCACACUUUUUUUUUCUUCCUUUCUUUUGCAUUUUCUUUCUUUCUUUCUUUGAUUUUCUUUCCUUCGUUUUAAUUUUCUUCCUUCGCAUUUACUUUCUUCCUUUCUUUUUCUUUCUUUUCUUUUUCUUUCGCUUUUUCUUUCUUUCUUUUUUAUUUAUUUCUUUGUUUUUCUUUCAUUUAAUUUCUCUCUCUCUCUCUCUCUCCCUCUCCCUCUCUCUCUCUCUCUCUCUCUCUCUCUCUCUCUCUCUCUUUUUCAAAAGACCCAACUCUAUCAUCAUUUCUAAAAAUAACCGUCCACGUUUUACCGCUCGAGUAAACUUUGUGGGGCUGGGAUCCGGUCUUCCAGAGACAGGGGUUGCAAACCGAGACACCCUCUUUUUAUUCUCUCUCUCUCUCUCUCUCUCUCUCUCUCUCUCUCUCUCUCAUUCGUUCCUUCAUUCUUUUUGUUUGAUUAUUGAUUUCUUACUUUCUUUUACUAGAUCACUUUCGCCAUUGUUGCCUUUUUUCCAUCUUUCUUACUUUUUGUUUAUUUCUUUCUUUCUGUAUCUUUCUUUCUUUAAGAUAAUGUCAUUCUUUUUCGAUCAUUUCUUUUCUGUUUUUAUUCGUUUCUCUCUCUUUUCGCGUUUAUUUCUUUCUUUUACUAAAUCACUUUCGUCUUUGUUGUUUUCCUUCUUACUACUAUUUCUUUUUUUUUUAAUUGCCUAUUUAAUUUUCUGUAACUUUACAUCUUUUUAUAAUUUUUUUCUUUUUCAUUCUUUUUUACAAUUUCUUUCUUUAUUUUUCCUUUCUUUUUUUUCAUUCACUCUUUCAUUCAUCUUUAUAUCUUUAUUUUCUUUCUCUCUUUCUUUUUCAUUCAUUCAUUUUUUCCUUUCUUCAUUCCUUUCUUUCUUUUUCGUUCAUUUUUAUUCAUUCCUACUUUCUUUCUACAUUUCUUUCUUUCUCCGUUUUUCGUUCUUUCUUUUAUUUUUUCUUUCUUUUCAGUUUUAUUCAUUUUUUCUUUCUUGUUUUGUCUCUUUAUUUUUCUUCUUCGUUUUAAUUAAUUGA